AUGGCCAGAGUCCCAGACAUGUUGCUGAGAGACAUCAGUGAGGAAGAGAUGGAGAUGGAGUUCUCAUUCAGCAACGAGAUCUCCUUCUACGAGUCUGUCCAGCGCGCAGAUAUCCUUUGCGUUCUAGAAGAUGCCGCAUCCAAGCCCGGCAUGCAGCCACCGAGACGGAGAAGGCCCAGCCGCAGCAGGCUGUUCACAGAUGCCGACCUGGGCGAGAUGCUGAGCACCAACUUGGUGGGAGGUCCAUCCUCCUUUGCUGAAGCCAGCCUUGUGUCUUCGGGGCUUCCGUCUACUUACACCUAUGUCAAGGUGCAAAGGUGGAACAUCCAAGACCUUGACAACAAGUGCUUUUUCCUGGAUGGGACACCAGGGCAGCCCAAGCUCUUUGCCUUGCACAUACAAGCAAACGACAAGCCAGUGCAACUGGACCUGCGUUUCUAUCGCUCACUGCUGGGCAGCGAUGCCAAGUCUGGGCAGCUGGUCGCUCUGGACAUUGUAGACAGCAAACUGUACUUGACGUGCAUCAAGGAGGGAGACGGGUGCCACCUGCAGCUGGAGGAAGCAGAGAAGCCCCUGAGCGAAAUCUCCGGAGACAACCAGAAGUUCCUCUUUUAUUACAAGCCCACCAGCAAGACCAGCACAACCUUCACUUUCCAGUCCCUGGUCUGUCCCGGGUGGUACGUGGCUACCCCAAAAGAUAGCGGCUACGGGUUGAAGGAGCGGGGCAUCGGUCGGUCCCAGAGCCAAAAGAACAUGAUUUCCCCAGGGAGAAACCCCUUGAUGGAACAGUUAAGCCGGGAAGGGGGGGUUCCAUUGUCUCUGGAUGGUGCGAUGCGGCUGCCAGAUCUCUACCUAGGGCCCAACUUUGAUAGAGGGACUGGGGUGGGAUGGGGGUCUCCAGGAAUUGGGGGCGCCUCUGAGGACUUUUCCUGUCUCUCUCUCUCUAUCUCUCCUGCAGCAGCAGCAGUGGAGGAGCGGCGGCAGAAGCUGCAAGAAUAUUUAGCUGCCAAAGGAAGGCUGAGACCUCCCAGCACCAAGCCCUACUUGAAGGACAACAGCAGGCAGAAGAAUCCAGCUCCCUCCAAAGCACAGCCUACUGUUGGAUCCCGGAAAAACAUUGCCCCAAGCACAGCCAAAAGUGCAUCGACCAGGGAGGCAAAGGGGUCGGGACCUGCUAGCAAAGUCCUUCCAGAUAAGCCUCCCAGGGCUCUUGUGCAUCGGGAGCCAAACAAUGCACCCACACAACUUCCAAGGAAGGGGGGGCCACUACUUCCUCUUCCCUCAAAGCCCCCUGCCAGAAAACACCCCGAGAAGCUGAUCAGCAGGAGCUCAUCCGCUGGACAUUGCUUAGGCAGGACGAGAGAACCUGGAAAGCAGGUGUUGGCCACAGCAUCCGGGACGUCAAACGUCCUUUCAGGCUCGAGCAAGGCAGAGCGGGAUAAAGAGAACUCUGGACUGAAGCAGGUUGGGCAGCCUCGGAAGAGAGAGACGUCUCGUUUCAGCCUCCAAGCCAAAUUCCAAGUUGGCUCAAAACCGCCCGUGAAGAACGCCAAGCAGGCUGUGGGGAACAGCACCCUUUCGAAAAACCACAGGGCUGCUGCGGCACAGGUUAAACCCAGAGCACCCUUAGGUGGUCCUCAAGGGCAAGUCCACUGCAACACAGUGGCGCCAACUUCACCGCCCCGUGGACGGCCCUCGGCUGUUUCUAGGCCAGGAGUCGGAGGCCAAAAUCCCAGAUUAAUAAAACAGCCUGCUGGUCUUCCUGUGCCCAGAGGGUCUCUGGCUGGGAGGGAAGAAAAAGCGUCAUCCUCUUCCUUGGGGAUUCUACAGAGGGGUCGGUCCAGGCCUCAGGCCGGUGCUCUGCAGGAGAGAACGCUGCCCAGCCACUACGGGGCUUUGCAGAGGAAGCGGAAGGCCACUCCGGAGAGGCGUCGUCCAGCAGCGCCUGGUGGCACCAAGCAAAACAGAAGCCCGGCAGGGAGGGAACCGGGCAGCAAGAAGUUCAAGCAAUCGCCCAGGACUUCCGAGCCAAAAUCCAGGCACAGAGCCUCGGAGCAGGGCUCUGGAGGACGUGGGAGAGCAAAGCAGCCGGCGAGGGAGACAGGCCAAGAGUCCAAGACCCCAGGGACUCGGGAUCGGAGGAAGCUGCUAGAGGAGUGGUUGGCAUCCAAAGGGAAACGAUACAAGCGGCCCCCGGUGACCUUCCCCGUUAAAAGGCGGCCCCCGCCCAAGGAGCAGGCGGCCCUGAACCGCUCCUUCUGGGACUGCAUAGAGGAAGAGAUGGAGCAGCAAAAGGUGGCACAGGAAAUCGCCAGCACCUUGGCAGAGUGCGCGAAGCUGGCAGACGAGGGGGUUCCUUCGGAAGAGCUCCUGGCUAUGCUGUCCCACAUCCCAGAGGCAGAGAAGUUUGCCCGGUUCUGGGCCUGCAAGGCGAAGCUGUUGGCCCGCCAAGGCCCGUUUGAUGCAGCCGGGCUGUACCGUGCUGCUGCUAGCGCCGGAGCUGUGCCGCUGCGAGAGUUGAGAGAUGCCCUUGUUGACACUCUGAAGCAUUCCAGUCAAGCCUGGGGUAAGCAGUGGAUCAGGCCAAGGGCCCAUCUGGUCCAGCAUCCUGUUCUCACAGUGGCCAGCCAGAUGCCUUUGGGAACCCUGGAUCUCGUGACCCCUUUCUCAAUCCCCAAAGUGGCCAUGGGCUGUUUGAUUCAUGCCUGCUUUCCUUCAGCAGAGGCAGCUCCCUGUUCUUCAGAGUUUUCCAAGCAGUGCUCAUCGAGAAAGCUGUCAACCCCUGCUGAACUCCGACUUCCCGGCAAGGAGCAGGUGCAGAGCAAUGGGCAAGGACCGGUUUGCCAGCCUCUUUCAGCAAUCAAGCUCCAAGUGGCAUCGCUGCCCAGAGCCAAGGAGCCGAGUGCGAGGCCGGGCCUGAAGCUCUUGACCCCCGUCCGGCGGUCCCUGCGAAUAGAGCGGGCGUCUGCCCGCUACCCACAGAUGCUGAGGGACCACGACCCCGUCGUGUCCUGUCUGGACGAAAUCAUGGACGCAGAGGACGGCUGUGGCUUCAUCUUCCGCAAGAACGAAGCUUUGCCAGAGACGGUGGAGGUGGAGGGGUUUCUGCCACAGACCCUGGAGCCAACCUCCCCAGCCCCAUCCGUGCGCAGGCCCCUUUUCUGUUAGAGCUGCAUCGGCGGACUGGAUACGUGGGGUCACAGCAUGGGACGCUUUUCAGAAUAUAUAAGCAUCUUUAUUCUUGAAAUGAUUAAAAAAAGAAAACAACCUU